AUGGCAGAAAAUCCAAAGGUCCGGGUCGCUCUCAUCGGCGGAGGCACCAUAGCUCCUUUGCACGCCGAAUAUCUCAUGUCCUCGCCAACAUGUGAGCUGGUGGCAAUUGUCGAUCCGUACCCUCCGGGGUGUGCAUUGGCAGCGACCUUGUCUCUUCCGCACUUCGAGUCUGUCGCAUCACUUUUGAACUCACUACAAAAGCCACCGGAGGCCUACGUAAUAUGCGUCCCCUCGAGCCUCCAUGUUUCCAUAGCGACGAACGUCAUUCAUCAAACACAGCCUAUGGCCUUACUCAUCGAAAAGCCUUUCUGUACAGAUUCAAAGUCUGGAGCAGAGUUACUCGCCCUUGCAAGCGAGAAAGGUUGCAAGAUCCUCGUCGGACAUCACCGCCGAUUCCACCCCUCGCUGUCAACUACGCGGUCGGCGAUCCAAGAUGGAAAAAUCGGAAAUAUUACAGCCAUCUCAGGAAUGUGGACUGCGAAGAAAGAUGAGAUCUAUUUUGCUUCUGCCAGCUGGCGAGCAACACGUUCCGCGGGAGGAGGUCCGAUUUGGACGAAUUUCGUGCAUGAUAUCGACGCCCUUCAUUUCCUCACUGGUGCCAAAGUAACAUGUGUCUGGGCUAUAAGCACUACAUCCAGGAGGAAACACGCAGGUGUGGCUGCCGAUGAUAUCGUUGAAGAAGGUGCAGCUAUUAUGACGCAGUUUUCUAAUGGGGUUGUUGGAACCUUUUUGGUGAGUGACAACGUGGCGAGCCCUUACGGCUGGGAGGCUGCUACUGGUGACAAUCCUUUAUACCCAAAGGCAGAGCCUCCGGUGGAUAUUUAUCGCAUUCUGGGCACAAAAGGGACUAUCGUUGUGCCAGAAAAUACGCUUUGGACAUACGACCCGGAGACGGCGGACAAAUAUAACCAGGAGACUGGGUGGAAAAGUCCAAUCUCACGAAUCAAGCUUCCAGUCGCUGAGGGGAUUCCAUUUCAAAACCAAGCAGAGCAUUUGGCUAGAGUGGUUCGCGACUUAGAAGAUCCUCUUUGCUCGGCCGAGGAUGGACUAGCAGCAGUCUCUGUCUGUGAAGCCAUUGCUACAGCCCUUAAGGCCAAAGACGGACUACCUGUUCCAAUCUCACACGCUUCACGUAACUAG